GUGGCGUUUAAAAAAAUAUUACCAACUUUAUGACUUAUUUUCAACACUAAAAUAUGGUGAUAACGUAAUCAUUUCCGUAUUAAAACACUCAAAAAUAAUCUUGUUUGUGAGAUGUACGGAUUAAUUUAUCGUGUUUUUUUUUGAAUGUCCUAUUCGAACUAAGCCUUAUCUAAUCUGAUAUAUGGCAAUAUAGUAUGAUACAUUUUGAGUUAACCGAUAGUCAUUCCGUAGCUGUUAUAAACAACGCAAUGGCAAAUGUUGUAGUGAACAUAAAACCUUUAAAAGAUGAAUCUUCAUAUAUUUCACAACAACCAACGCGACCAUUUUCUUCGCGACCUUAUUCGCAAAGUAGUAGUUCUUCGCAGCAACAAGAGUUGAAUAUAGCAGCUCUUUUACCUAGUCAAAAUGCAUUUGCAACGGUUAGAGUACGUAACAAAGGGGAUAAAAAAUUCUUCAAUACCGUACGUAGUGUUAUGUCAAUUUCAAGUCAAACGAGUUUUGCGUUGGAACCUAAUCGUAAUGAAACCUAUAUGACUUUAAUGGAAAUUAAAGAAUUGCCGAUUUCAAUGUCGGAGAAGAGGCAGCAAAAAUGCAAUUUUGAUGACAGGAGCACAUCUUUCAAUAUGAAUCGGAAAGAGAGCACAAGCUGUAUGUCGGGAUUUCAACGAAAAUGGAAUGAUUUUUGGUCAAAAUUUGAUAUUUGGAGAAAGGAUAUGAAAAAAAUUGAAGGGAAUUAUGGAAGAGGCGUUGUUGCGUAUUUUAUUUUUUUAAAAUGGCUCACGUUAUUGAAUUUAUUUAAUUUUAUAAUUAUAUUUGGGUUAAUCAUUAUACCAAGAUUUUACAUAUCAAAUCCUUCAAGUGAUAAUUCAACCACAGCUUCAGACUGCUGUAAUAGAAACCACUCUGAUACAUGCAAUAAUGAAUAUUCUUCUAACAUAACAAUGUCCAACUCCACAAAUCGAUUUAUUGACAACUUACAAGAGUUUGUAGAAGGAACUGGAUGGAUGGAAUACACAGCACUCUUUUAUGGAUAUUAUCAAAGAAGCGGUGAACACUCUCUAGAACCGAUUGGUUAUAUAGCAGCCAUUUUAUUAGUUCUUUUCAUAUCGUUGUUUAUGAUCGUACGGGACACUUCGUUAGGAAUUAGUUAUAAAUUUGAUGAUGGUGACGUUCGAUUUUCUGCAUACUGCAAUUUAAUUUUUGGGGGUUGGGAUUUUUGUAUAGAUAACUUCAAAGCGGCUGCAGACAAAAGGAAAUUAAUUGCGAUUGAAAUUAGCGAUAGAAUAGCAACUGAAAAAUUAUUAGAUGCACAAAACCAACGUUCAAAAACAGAAAAAAAUAAGUUAUUUUUAGUACGAUUCGUACUGAAUAUUAUUCAAAUAUGCUUUUUAUUUUGUUGUGGUUGGUUAGUGUACUUUGUUUAUAAAACUUCAAGAGACAAAUUGAAAGAAGAUUUAAAAGGCAUAGAAAACUUUCUUUACGAGUUUUUGCCAUCUAUCACUAUAGUCUGCAUGAAUCUGAUAGCCCCAAUCAUUUUUAAAAUAUUUAUUAAGUUUGAACAAUAUAGUCCUAAUUUUGAACUAACGAUAUUAUUAGUUCGAACAGUAUUUUUAAGAAUGGCAUCGUUGAUUGUUUUUUAUGCAUCUAUGUAUAUUAAAAUACAAACUUACACACCAAAUUCUGGAAUUGAUGAAAGUGAUAAAGAUUGCAGUAAAUGUUGGGAAUCAUUUGUAGGCCAACAAAUAUAUCGUUUAGCACUUACAGAUUUUGCCACACACAUCAUUCUAACAUUUUUCGUUAAUUUUCCUCGUGCAUACAUAGCUAAAAGAUAUAAAAAUAAUAAUUUUAUUCAUUUAGUAUGCGCACAAACUUUUGAUUUAUCAAAACACGUCCUUGACAUAGUUUACACCCAAAUGCUGUGUUGGUUGGGUUCGUUUUACGCCCCCAUACUACCUGGAAUGUUUAUAAUCAUUUUCUUCGCAAUGUUCUACAUCAAAAAGUUUGCUUGUAUGGUAAAUUCAAACCCGGGAAUGAUUUUGUAUCGAACUUCCAGAUCGAAAUUUAUGGCGAUUCUACUCCUAGCGUUUAUAGUCGCUGUGUUUCCAGUGUUAUGGACCAUGGGGGAGGAACCUCCCAGCACCGUAUGUGGACCGUUUCGACAUUAUGACACAAUUUGGGGUGCCGUCACUGAUAGAUUUUUUAGCCUUCAUGAUACUAAAGAGAGUUGGAUAAAAUUGAUUGCUGAUUACUUAACUACCAUUUACGUAGGUUUCGUUUUCCUGAUCAUUUUGAUUUUGGGCAUAAUGUAUUACGUCGCAUUGAAAACGGCGAACACAAAAAUGACGAAAGUUCUCAAAAAGCAAUUACUGUUAGAAGGACGUGAUAAAAAAUUUUUAAUAGGAAAACUUACAGAGAUACUAAAAGAACAACCAAAAAUGAGUUAAACAUCCUUUUAAUAUAAUACGUGUAUUUAAAUUGUAUAUUUAUUGUAAAAAUUAGAUGUGAUAUUUAUUGGAUAUUUUAAGAUUUAAUGUUAAUUAUCUAUUACUGUGAUGUAAAUAAAGAACUAUAUAAUUAUGUAA